UGCGCCAUUUUUCGUUGUUUGUGCGUGUAAUAGUUCUUAAUAAUAAUACACACACACAACCAAAUGUUGUUAACAGAUAGUACACUUCGCGAGUAAAAAUUGUACUCAGUUAUUUACGGUACAUUACCUGAAAAGUACGCGAACAGACCUAAUACGAAGAAACGAAACGUCAUCACAACAGAAUUUAGACAGAAACCCGGAAUCCCGAAACCAAUUUUAAUUUUCUUUAGUAAAAAUUAUGUUUAAUAGUGCAAAAUGCAAUUAACACAACUUACAACAAUAUUUUUAGCAAUACUUACGCCCACAAUAAUAAAACCGGCUGUCGGCAAAGUGAACAGCAAAUCAGCCAUUAUAGAGGACAUUGUUGAAUAUAAGGAUUUUAAGAAACUGUUGCGUACAAAAACCAAUGUCUUGGUCCUCUUUAGCAGUAAUGGAAAACAAUCUGCCGAACAGAUAAGGGUUUUCAAAGAGACUGCCGAUGCCGUCAAAGGGACGGGGACCAUGGUCCUCAUGGAUUGUUCACAGGCGGAGAAGAAGAAAUUGUGUAAAAAACUAAAGGUCAAUCCUGAACCAGUGGCCUUAAAGCAUUACAAAGAUGGUGAUUUCCAUAAGGAUUACGAUCGCCAAAUGUCUGUGACAUCCAUGGUGAAUUUUAUGCGUGAUCCAGCAGGUGAUUUGCCUUGGGAAGAAGACCCCGUGGGCAAAGAUGUCAUACACUUUGGUGAUUAUGCCAGUUUUAUUAAACAUUUGAAGAAAGACAUACGACCCAUGCUGGUAAUGUUCUAUGUGCCAUGGUGUGGUUUUUGUAAGAGAUUAAAGCCAGACUUUUCCAAAGCAGCUACGGAAUUGAAAAGUGAAGGCUAUCUGUUGGCUGGUAUGGAUGUGGAGAGACAAGAAAAUGCCUUGGCCAGAAGGGUUUAUAAUAUAACAGGUUUUCCCACCAUCAUCUAUUUUGAGAAUGGCAAAUUCAAACAAAUCUAUGAGGGAGAUAAUAACAAGGACGGCAUAAUGGCUUUCAUGCGUGAUCCCAGUUCGGUAACAAUUAAAAAACCCAAAGAACUAGAGUGGUCUGCUGAUACAAAUUCAGAAAUAGUGCAUCUCACCAAGCAAGGAUUCGAACCUGCUCUCAAGGACGAAAAAUCUGUAUUGGUCAUGUUCUAUGCACCGUGGUGCGGUCAUUGUAAACGUAUGAAGCCGGAAUAUGAAAAAGCAGCAUUGGAAAUGAAACAAAAAAAUGUUCCUGGAGUUUUGGCAGCAUUGGAUGCCACCAAAGAAAGUGCGAUUGCUGAACAAUACAAGGUCAAAGGUUAUCCAACCAUAAAAUAUUUCGUAAACGGCCAAUUUAAGUUUGAUGUUAAUGUCAGAGAUGCCGAUAAGAUUAUAGAAUUUAUGAAAGAUCCCAAAGAGCCCCCACCUCCACCUCCGCCGGAAAAAAGUUGGGAAGAGGAAGAAGAUACUGAAGUUGUUUUCCUGAACGAUCAAAACUUUGCAACAACCUUGAAGAGGAAAAAACAUGCAUUGGUUAUGUUUUAUGCACCGUGGUGCGGUCACUGUAAAAGUACAAAACCCGAAUUUAAUGCAGCCGCCAAAGCUCUGAAAGAUGAUUCCCGCAUGAUUUUGGCCGCAGUCGAUUGUACGCGCGAUAAUGCUGUCUGCUCCCAGCAUGAUGUUCGUGGCUAUCCUACCAUCAAAUAUUUUUCAUAUUUAAAAACAAAACAAGAAUACAAUGGGGGUCGCAAACGUGAAGACUUUAUAGCCUACAUGAAAAAGGCCAAUGAUAUAGUGCCCAAGGCCAAAACCGAACAACACGAGGAGUUGUAGAGGUUUGUGUGCUCUCUAAUGUAAACUAUAGCCAACGAACAACAAAUCGCCGAGUUGUAUUACAAAGUCUGUGACAUUUAUUCUUCUAUGUUAUAUCGCUCAUUUUGUGCAAGUUUUUUUUUAUAACAUUUUUAAAAUUUUGUUUCUCAUGACAAUGACUCUUUGUUUGAAAGAACAACAUUCCCAAAGCGCAUAGUUUUACCCAAUAUUUUAUACUUGAAGACUGUGUAAAAAGCUCUAGAAACUUGCAUGCAUGAAAUGAACGAUAUGCAUAUAACUUUUAUAAUUGUAUUUAAUUAGUACGAAAUUUUUGUAUUAUUAUUUUUUUACGAUAUACAUGCAUUUGUAUGUUGAAAUUAUCUCUGAAAAUCCACCUAUCCUGUGUUUUUGCGAGAAUCUCAAGAGCUCAAACAUAAAAACAUCACCCAGUGUUAUUUUUGAUAUCUCAAACUAUUGUUAAAAGAGAAAGAAAACAAAGUUUUUAUGGCUUCCUACUUUUAUUAUUAAGUAUUAUGAAUUAAUUUGAAUCAUUAAUAAAAAAUACUAAACAAUGCAAUAUA